ACGGAGGACGACGAAUACAACUGUUUCCGGAUCUCGCCACUCGCUACUCGCUACUCGCUACUCUCUCCACCGCCAAUUAUAGAUGUGUUAAUUAAUUAAUUGAACAAAACCUAAAUUGAUUUUUAGGGUUUUCUACGAACCCUAAUUGCUUUCUCUUUCCCUCCCAACCUAUUUUUAAUCUCAUAUUCAUUUUCCCCCUUAGUUAAUUAAAGAUUUAGCGAUUACAAAGAGAUCUUACGGUUACGAUUACAGGUUUUUUAAGUGUGUGAGAGAAAAACAAGCAUCUGCAAAUGGAUCUAAUAAAACAAGAGAUUAUGAAAAAGAAACAGGAUCUAGCUAAGGAAACAGGUGGGAAACGAUUCUUCAAGCGAUCUGAGAUUGAGCAGAAGCGCCUUCAGAAAUUCCGCGAGGAAGAGAAGCGUGAAGCUGAGGAGAAAUCCCAACGCCAGCAGCAGGAAUCCUCUUCCUCUUCCACUGCCUCACUCCUUGACUUGAUAUACUCUACCAAACCUAAUGCCGAUUCCUCCACUAAAACUACUACUUUAACUACGGAGGAGCAGAAUAACAUUGAUGAACUAAACCUCUCGAAGCAAGAAGUGAUUCGGCGUCUUCGACUUCUGAAGCAGCCAAUUACCCUUUUUGGAGAAGAUGAUCAGGCUCGUUUAGAUCGAUUGAAAUAUGUCCUGAAGACGGGUAUCUUUGAGGUUGACAGUGACAUGACAGAGGGCCAGACAAAUGAUUUCUUAAGAGAUAUUAUUGAAUUGAAGAAGAGGCAGAAGACUGGGAUGUUGAGUGAUCGCAAGAGGAAAAGUGAAGAUUUGGAGGAUGGGGAGGGAGGUAAGGGUGAUGAUGAGUUAAGUGGGGAUGGGGGCUCUGGUUUUGAUGCCGAUAAGGACAUAGCACUAAUGAAGGCAAGAUUUGAGGAUUUGUGCGAGGAAGAUAAGAUUUUGGUAUUUUUCAAGAAGCUGUUGAAUGAAUGGAGGCAGGAGUUGGAUGAGAUGCAGGAUUUGAACAGGCGUACUGCAAAAGGAAAGCAAAUGGUUGCUACUUUUAAGCAAUGUGCUAGAUACUUGUCUCCUUUAUUCAAAUUCUGCAGAAAAAGGGCUCUACCAGACGACAUCAAGGCAUCUUUGAUGUUCAUCGUGGAUUGCUGUGGCAAGAGAGACUAUCGAACUGCUGUGGAUCAUUAUAUUAAGCUGGCCAUUGGAAAUGCUCCAUGGCCCAUAGGGGUUACUAUGGUUGGUAUCCAUGAACGUUCUGCUCGGGAGAAAAUUUAUACCAAUAGUGUUGCUCAUGUCAUGAAUGAUGAAACCACCCGCAAAUACCUACAGUCUGUCAAACGGCUGGUGACUUUUUGUCAACGCAAGUAUCCAACUGUGCCAUCUAAAUCAAUUGAAUUUAAUAGCUUGGCAAAUGGUAGCGACUUACAAGCUCUACUUAUGGAUGAGCAUCAUGCAACAGGAGGAGGGAAUCAAGUACAGGAGGAAAUGCUUCAGUUGCCUGCUCCAAGAGACGAGUAAAGAUUUGCCCUUUUGGAGUUUUGGUGCCCCAUGAGCUGUUAACAUGAACCUUUUUGAUCCCGAGGUUCCUUACGAUUACAAUGCCUUUUGGAAAGUUUCCUAGUACUAUGUGAGACUGUUGAUCUGUACUUGCCCUAGCCUUUUCUGUGAGUACGUCUUGGCUUAGCUGCUUGCUCGACAAGGUUGCGUAAUUCAAUAUGUCAACUAUGUAAUUUUUAACAUAUCAGGCAGUGUGUUCAUUGUUGAGCACUAAAUAGAAAAAUAAUUUCUUAUGUUCAUAUUGUUUUAUAUACCAGUUCAUGUCGCCAUGUUGAGGUUCUCGUGUAUCAUUUAAAACCUAACCCCUCUCCCUUUUUCAUUACAAGUAUACAGACUAUCAAUAUGGUAUAAUUAACAACUUCUAGAAAUUUCUUGAUUGCCUGUGUAAUUUUCUUGGUGGCAUAUAAAGGCGCUAAUUUAAUGUAUUUAACAUUUUUUGUCUGGUUAAGCUAUUUUUUUUCAGGUUUACUUUUAGGCAUCUCGAGUUUGAUUGAGGCUUGUGUUUGUUAAUUAUUCUGA